AUGCUCUCCAUCAUCAAUCUCGUCAGCAGUGCCAACGUCACCAGGAUCGAGGCCACAGGAGCUGUAUAUCUACACUUGGAAGAGUCGCCACAGAUUACCUUCGAGAGAUUUCCGUUCCUUCAAGGUGAUGAAAGUGCGCGGAUACCGGCUGUCCUCAGCGACGACAACUCUUACUUUUCGAAUGCCUUCUCGGUUGGUGAGAGGUCUGUAGGGGCUUGA